GCAAGCAUCCAGCCCAUUGGACACAUCGCUGCCCACACCACUGCCCACCUACUAACACAGAUAUGGAGGCCAAACUACUGGUGUUUAUUGCGAUUAUGUGUGCUGUGUCUCGCAUCGAAGGCCAGACAGUCCUAACAUCGUCGAGCAUCAACAUCACUAAAUCCGGCUGUGGAACCUCUAAGCUGUGCUUUCCCAGCUGUGACCCUGUAGUAAACUCCUCCACCUGCUACUUCGGCUCCACUCAGUACCUGUCCAACGGCACGCUGAACUUCGAGCUCAGGGGUCCCACCUCUGGCUACGUGGCACUGGGCCUGGCCUCCGACCCAAAUGUGGGAGCCACCAUUGUGUUUGUGUGCGCCACCAACAACAACAGCAACACGUUCUUCUUCCAGACAGCCUCUAACACCACAAGUGGCUUGAAUCAGACUACCGUGAACACUGUAUACACAGUCCUGGGUUCAGCGUACAACCAAAGCCUGAACCAGAGCUUUACCCAGUGUACCUUCAACACCUCCAGCAACCUAACGGUUGGGAACAUGAGCACGAGCACAAGCAAAGCUUCCACCAACAUCAGUUACUAUGUCACUAUCUUCAGCGGCACCACUAACGGAGCCACCCUGGGUUUCCCUGUUUCACAGUACUUCUCUGGAAAAGCGCUGAAUCUGGCUGAUCCUACCAGCAACACCAACACCACCAGCUCCACCUCCAGCACCACUGCUGCAGCCGUGGCGGCCACUACAGCAAGCGGUAGUGACUCUCUCACCAACCCCGUGGCUCAUGCGCUGGCCAUCCUGCUCAGUGCCAUAGGUCUCCUCCACCUGUCAUAAAGGACCUCCUGACUUCACCUUUAAUGAAAAUGUUUCUCAGGGUUUAUGAGCUGCGUAUGAAGUACACAGGCUAACUGAGACAAAGGCAGCCCAACACGGCCAUCUGGGUCUCUGUGUGUGUGUUAGGUAGACUGAUUGUGUAUGUAUGGAUGGAUGGAUGUACAGUGGCAUAGGAAAUGUUGUUGAUUUUCUUAGUGAAUAAGCUGAUGGACCCUACAGAGGCCAUAUCUCUGCACUUUUUAAUACAUAAUUACUGUUUAUUUGCUGAAUUUAACAUAUGGGAGAAAAUGUGGAGUUUGCAGACGGUAUUCCCUCGGGGCAGUCAUGGGCUGGAGGUUAGGGAACUGACCCUGUGACCGGAAGGUCGCCGGUUCAAUCCCCAGGGCCG